CCUGCUGCAGGCAGGGCUGUCUGUCUGAGAUGGCGGGCCGGCUGCCUCGCUCUGCGGACCUAACCCGCUUCUGCCAGAAGCUCAACCGGGUGAAAACUCUGGAGGAUGACAUGAUGGAGACGACUUUCAACAGAUGCCUCUCCACCAUUGACCUGACACUGCUGGGCGUAGGGGGCAUGGUUGGCUCUGGCCUGUAUGUCCUCACGGGCACAGUAGCCAAGGAGAUUGCUGGCCCUGCUGUCAUUGUCUCUUUCAUCAUUGCUGGCUUUGCCUCUCUGCUGGCAGCUCUCUGUUAUGCCGAGUUCGGUGCCCGGGUGCCUAAGACAGGCUCCGCGUACAUGUUCACCUAUGUCUCCAUGGGCGAGAUCUGGGCCUUCCUGAUUGGCUGGAAUGUGCUCCUGGAGUACAUGAUCGGGGGCGCUGCGGUGGCGAGGGCAUGGAGUGCCUAUCUGGAUUCCAUAUUUAGUCAUAAAGUAAAAAAUUUCACUGAGACCCACAUUGUGACAUGGCAGGUACCGUUCCUGGCACAGUACCCAGACUUCCUGGCAGCAGGUGUCCUGCUGAUAGCCACAGCAUUCAUCUCCUUUGGGGCCAAAGUGUCCUCCUGGCUUAACCAUGUGUUCUCGGCCAUCAGCUUGGGUGUGAUCCUCUUCAUCCUCAUUAUGGGAUUCAUUCUCGCAGAACCCAAGAACUGGAGUGUCCAGGAAGGCGGCUUUGCUCCGUAUGGGCUGUCGGGCAUCAUGGCAGGCACGGCCACCUGCUUCUAUGCCUUUGUAGGCUUUGAUGUCAUAGCAGCCUCCAGUGAAGAAGCCAGAAACCCCCAGAAGGCUGUUCCCAGAGCAAUAGCCAUCUCCUUGGGCCUGGCCGCGGGGGCCUAUAUACUGGUGUCCGUGGUGCUGACGCUGAUGGUGCCCUGGUACACUCUGGAUCCUGACUCUGCCCUGGCAGAUGCGUUUUACAGACGAGGUUACUCGUGGGCAGGGUUUAUAGUUGCUGCUGGUUCCAUUUGUGCGAUGAACACGGUUCUGCUGAGCAACCUCUUCUCCCUCCCCAGAAUUGUUUAUGCCAUGGCAGAGGACGGGCUCUUUUUCCAGGUGUUCUCCAGAGUGCACCCCCGCACGCAGGUGCCCGUGAUCGGGAUUGUGGUGUUUGGGGUGCUCAUGGCUCUGAUGGCCCUCGUCUUCGACCUGGAGGCCCUGGUGCAGUUUCUGUCCAUUGGCACUCUGCAGGCUUACACCUUCGUUGCAGCCAGCAUCAUUGUGCUGCGCUUUCAGCAGGAGAAGUCGGCAGCUCCCCCUCAGCCUGUCAGGAGCCAGCCCAGUCCUGGGCCCAACGAGGGGGCUGGGCCCAGCGAGCUAAAGGAAUACGAAUCCUUCUCGGACAAGCUGCAGCUGGUGGGCACAGACAAAGUGCACCGGGAGCCAGGGCAGCUGAAGGCAGCUUUUGAGCCCUACCUGGCGUUCCUCAGCGACUUCUACCCUGGGGAGGUGGUCACCAUUGCCGUGGUUACCUUGAUGGUGUCUGCCCUAUGCCUGUGCUCCAUCUUGGUAUUUGGCAACACCCAUCUUCACCUGCCCACCUGGAGCUACUCCCUGCUGCUUCUGCUCUUCAGCCUGGGAUUUCUGCUCAGCUUGCUUCUCAUUUGGGUCCAUGAGCAACAGCAGAGCACCAAGACCUUUCAGAUUCCCUUUGUGCCGCUCACUCCUGCUCUGAGUAUUCUCCUGAAUGUCUAUCUCAUGCUGAAGCUGAGCUACAUGACGUGGCUUCGAUUCUCCGUCUGGCUGAUCCUAGGACUCCUGGUGUACUUUGGUUACGGCAUCUGGCACAGCAAAGAGAACCUGCGUGAGCCCACAUCCCGCAAUGUGAGCGCCCGCUAUGUGGUGUUCCCUAGCAGCAGCCUGGAGGAGACGGUGCAGGCGGUUCAACCCAACCCCCAGCCCUUGACGGAGCUGCCGGAUAUGGUUACUGAGGAAGCCAAGCGAUGAUACGUCAAUGGCGUAGCAGCCUCCCUGCGUGAAAAACGACACCCCCCACCCCCACUUUCCUCUGCCGAAACAGCUGCCAGGGGUGGGUCUUCCCUGAGCAAACUCUGGGCUCUGGAGACAGGACGGUGAUACGCACACUUCCCCCUCCGCACUCACAGCAAAAGCACUAGGGAGGUGAUGGCUGCCUCCUUUCCCAUACUCUGGCACACAGGGAUCUGGCUUUUAUCCCCCUACUUCUAGCUCAUAGUAAUGUGUAAGCUGCGUCUUACCUAACUGCUCCGCCCAAGUCCCCUGCCAAACCCACCACAACCCUUGUAACAACAGAGGGAUCACGUUUCGGCUCCACCACUCUGUGCCCUGCCUGUCCUGAAAUAUCGGGGGGGGGGUAACAGAGUCAAUGUGCCAUUCCUACCAGAGCCCAGUGUCUCUUCCCAUGGUCCAGGGUGUAUGAUGAAGAGUCUCUGGCAAACGGGCGAGAGGUGCCACCCAGGUCAUGCGGGGCUGAGAGUCAGGACUUUAUCCUGGCUCUCAUAUGGACUUCUGGCCUCGGCUGAGUCCCUUCUCCCUAAACCUCAUCCCCAGCCAAGGGUGAUGCUUAAUUAGAUGGUGUGUGUAAAGCAUGUGGAAUGUGCACAGCGCUACAAUUGCGCAGUGUUAGGGCAUUUCUAUGUUAGCUUUCUGGAGUUCUUGGUACAGACAAUCAGGUGCUGAUCAGGCACCUGCUGGCAGUCC